AAAGAAAAAAUGUUCCUAACUGUUGGGGACAAAGUGUAAAUCUAAAAGAAUUGUAAAGUGGCAGACUCGCGCCCUUGUUUCUGAAAGUCCUCUGCACUUUACACUUCCGGCCAUUGCAAUCCACCUUAAUUCUUUGUUAUUCCGUUGGUCACUUUUGACGACUCCGUCUUUUGCCUUUCGCCUGUCCAAAUACCCACAACACUCCAGAAUAUUUGACCGUUAGAAGUUGCUUGCUCGAUCUUCUCUAGAGCUCACUAGGGCUUUUCUUUCACCAUUUUCGAAAGGCUGGUUGCUCACUAAGCCCGCAGCUAGUUUUUCCUUCCUUUCAUGAUUUGGGAUUUUUCUGAUGUACCUCUCUAGGGUUUUGUUUGGUCUCAAAACCAUAAAUUUGCCAACCGGGUUGGUAGGUUUGUAAGGACGAGGUGAGAAAAACUGUGUGGGUCUCAGAAACACGUAGCAGAGAUGAUUGCAGAGAAACCCAGUUGGGUUAUGCAUGAGGGUAUGCAAAUUUUCUCCAUUGAUAUUCAACCAGGUGGCCUCAGGUUUGCUACUGGCGGGGGCGACCACAAGGUUCGGAUAUGGAACUUGAAAUCUGUUGAUCGAAACUUAGAAAACACUGAAUCAUCACAAAGGCUUCUUGCAACACUCCGCGAUCAUUUUGGUUCAGUUAAUUGUGUUAGGUGGGCUAAGCAUGGUCGGAAUGUUGCAUCGGGGUCCGAUGAUCAGGUGAUUCUGAUUCAUGAAAGGAAGCCUGGAUCAGGAACCACCGAGUUUGGCAGUGGAGAGCCCCCUGAUGUUGAGAAUUGGAAAGUUGUCAUGACUUUGAGAGGGCAUACAGCAGAUGUGGUGGAUCUUAAUUGGUCUCCAGAUGACUCAAUAUUGGCUAGCGGGAGUUUGGAUAACACCGUUCAUGUAUGGAAUAUGAGCAAUGGCAUUUGCACUGCUGUACUGAGGGGCCACUCUAGUCUUGUUAAAGGAGUUACUUGGGAUCCCAUUGGCUCCUUCAUAGCAAGUCAAUCUGAUGAUAAGACUGUUAUUAUUUGGCGAACAAAUGACUGGAGUCUUGUUCAUAGGACAGAUGGACACUGGACCAAAUCACUUGGAUCUACCUUUUUUAGGAGGCUUGGAUGGUCACCUUGUGGCCAUUUUAUCACCACUACUCAUGGUUUCCAGAAGCCUAGGCAUUCUGCACCUGUUCUAGAGAGAGGGGAAUGGUCUGCUACUUUUGACUUUUUAGGACAUAAUGCGCCAGUUAUUGUGGUCAAGUUCAACCAUUCAAUGUUCAGGAGAAAUCAUUCUAGUUCUCAGGAAGUAAAAGCUGUGUCGUCUGGGUGGACGAAUGGUGCUGCUAAGACUGCAGGGAAAGAGUCACAGCCAUACAAUGUUAUUGCAAUUGGGAGUCAGGACCGCACCAUAACUGUGUGGACAACUGCAAGUGCUCGACCUCUCUUUGUGGCUAAGCAUUUCUUUACUCAAAGUGUUGUGGAUUUAUCUUGGAGUCCUGAUGGGUAUUCACUUUUUGCUUGUUCCUUAGAUGGGACAGUGGCUACUUUCCAUUUUGAGGUGAAAGAACUUGGCCAUAGACUAACUGAUGCUGAAUUAGAUGAGCUGAAGAUAAACCGUUAUGGGGAUGUUAGAGGGCGACAAGCAAACUUGGCAGAAAGCCCAGCACAAUUGUUGCUUGAAGCAGCAUCAGCUAAGCAAACUACGAGCAAAAAAGUUGUUUCAGAUGUCCAGCAAAACCAGAUACCUAUAAGAUCCUCUGUUGAAUUGGGGGUUGCAGCCAAGGCUUCUGACACCCCAGUCAAUGAUGGCAAGAAGAGUGGGGGAGCUAUUGGUGAUGGGUUGAAUAAAGCAGCAACUUCUACAAGGGUAUCUAGUCCUGUGAAGCAAAGGGAGUAUAGGCGCCCUGAUGGCAGAAAGAGGAUUAUUCCAGAAGCAGUUGGAGUGCCCAUUCAACAGGAAGGUAUCUCUGGUGGGGCCCUGUCUCAAGCACUUGACCUCCCUCUUAUGCCUUCCGAUCAGAGGAAAGAUGAUAAUGGGGUGUUUCUCACUGAUGGUAGCAUCAGAGAAGGUUGUGUCAAGAGAACAUUUGGUGGAGGCUCUGAGUCGAAGGAACGUUUAGGCGUUACUGCUAGGGCUACCAUUACUGAGAGCCUUGUUAUUGAGAAGGUCCCAGUCUCUGUGGGCAGAGAUGGAAUCAUCAAUGCGGAACAGUCACGCAUUGCAAAGGCUUCUGGUUCUCUGGCUGCAUGCAAUACUUCUCUUUCAAUUAGGGUGUUUGAUAAGAAAGAGGGAGGUGAUACACCUGUUUGCUUGGAAGCUCGUCCUAGGGAGCAUGCUGUGAAUGACAUAGUUGGUAUGGGAAAUACAUUUAUGAUGAAAGAGACGGAACUUGUUUGCACAAGGGGGUCCCAAAUCCUUUGGUCAGAUAGAAUAACUGGAAAAGUUUCUGUUUUGGCUGGAAAUGCAAACUUCUGGGCUGUUGGUUGUGAAGAUGGAUGCCUGCAGAUUUACACGAAGUGUGGGAGGCGUGCCGUGCCAACAAUGAUGAUGGGAUCUGCAGCAAUAUUCAUAGACUGCGAUGAGUGCUGGAAGUUAUUGCUCGUCACAAGAAAGGGAUCGUUGUAUGUGUGGGAUUUAUUCAACAGGAACUGUCUCCUGCAUGACUCUGUGGCUUCUCUUGUUACUCUGGAUCUGAACCCAUCUGCCAAAGAUGCAGGCACAAUCAAAGUUAUAUCUGCAAAGUUAUCAAAAUCGGGUUCUCCUCUUGUGGUCCUUGCCACUCGUCAUGCCUUCCUCUUUGAUAUGAGCCUCAUGUGUUGGCUGAGGGUUGCUGAUGACUGUUUUCCGGCAUCAAAUUUUGCAAGCUCCUGGAAUUUGGGAUCCAUGCAGAGUGGCGAGCUUGCAGCAUUACAGGUGGAUGUAAGAAAAUUUUUGGCCAGAAAGCCAGGUUGGAGCAGGGUGACUGAUGAUGGAGUGCAGACACGUGCUCAUUUGGAGGCUCAGUUGGCAUCCUCACUGGCAUUGGAGUCUGCCAGUGAAUAUCGCCAAUGCCUCCUGUCCUACAUACGCUUUCUAGCAAGAGAAGCGGAUGAGUCACGAUUAAGAGAAGUUUGUGAGAGCUUUCUUGGACCUCCGACUGGGAUGGCAGAAUCCCCAUCUUCAGAUCCAAAGAACCCAGCAUGGGAACCUUGUGUUCUUGGAAUGAAGAAGCACAAACUCCUGCGUGAAGAUAUUCUUCCAGCCAUGGCAUCAAAUAGGAAAGUCCAGCGGCUGCUCAAUGAGUUCAUGGAUCUCCUGUCUGAAUAUGAGUGCAUAGAAACUAAUCUAGAUAACAAAACUGACCCACCACCGUCAUCCCGACCUGCAACGGAUCAAAUGGACUCUAACCUACCAGCAACAGAUCAAAAGGACUCCAGCCUGCCAGUGGAAGAUCAGGCAGAUGGCCCCUCAUUGGCAAGAGAUCGAAUAGAUUUGGCAACAGAUCUAGAAAAUUCAGAUUCACGGGCAGUGGAUCCAGUAAAUGUAAUCCCUCCUGCAAAAGACACAUGUUCUUGAAAUUUGCACCUCUUUAGAGAUAAUGCUGGAUGUAAAGCAUACCUGCACAUAAAGUUGCUGACAUGGACGCAGGAAUGUACCUUGUUCUAUACUUCAUUUGCUGUCUUAAUGGUCUUCUCAGAAAAUUCUUCCUCCUGGAAUGCUUGCAAGUAAAAAGUUUGCAUUUUAAGGAAUUCUUCUCUCUUAUUGCCUUUCCCAGAAAAUCUCCAGGACAUCUUACAGUAAUUCCCUUCUCAAUCAGCAGCAAAUAUUGAUUUUAGGAGUCUAAUCAAGAUGGUGGGUCUUGUUUCUUGUACAAUGUCUAGUAUGACUUCUGUUGAUCAAUGUGAGCUAGCUUUUCUCCCCAAAAUUAUCAUGUCAAAGAUUUUAGGUUCGGAUUUUGUUACACUUGUUUUUUUGGCACAUUGUCUUUUUGUGCAUAGGACUGUCUGUCCAAAGCUCACAUUGUAACACAUCUGAUAUGUAGAUUCUUGUGAUUAUUAGUAUUUUGCGUUGACUGCUGGAUUUA